AGAACCUGCACCUCGUCGGUCGCUCGGUCGAUCGCCCGGCCUCGAUUCUGUUCUAGCCAGACGCGAUUGAUUGGCACCUUAUCGCCAAUUCCUUCCAGUCGAAUCCUCGGCCUGCUUAAAAGGCCGGCCUCACUCCAAAUUUCGGCGAGAAAGCGCGAGCUCCCGAUCUGCCUUGGCGAAAGAGUGCACACUGCUCUGAUUUGCAUCAUCUGGAGUCGUGGUUGUAUAUUGAAGAGUUGAGAAGCAGUCUCGAGGAGGGACAAGAGGAAUUUCUCGCGGACGAGUCGAUCGUGUUUGAUUAGUUUAGGACUGUCGGAAAUUUUCUUUUCUGAAGUAGUUUGCGAGGAUUAGCAUGGCGGCUGCAUGCGCUCAAGUGGUAAGUGGGAACAUCGGAGCGGCGCCGGUCGUGCAGAGUGUCGAGAGCUUGUCGAAGAAGACGUCGUGUGUCUCGAAUAAAGCUUUCUUCGGGACGAGUUUGAAGAGCAGAUCAGGUUUCGUCAAUGGUGGGAAGGGUUUGAGGGCGAGUAGCAAGAAGGACGCGCGUCGGAGCUAUGUCGGUCCCGUUAGAGUGGUGGCGGAGAAGGUGGUGGGAAUCGAUUUGGGGACCACGAAUUCUGCAGUCGCGGCAAUGGAAGGAGGAAAGCCCACCAUCGUCACGAACGCUGAGGGUCAAAGGACGACGCCCUCGGUGGUCGCCUACACUAAGGCUGGAGACCGCCUUGUCGGGCAGAUCGCGAAGCGUCAGGCUGUCGUGAACCCCGAGAAUACUUUCUUCUCCGUAAAGAGGUUUAUCGGUCGUAAGAUGGUCGAAGUCGAUGAUGAAUCUAAGCAGGUCUCUUACACUGUCAUGAAAGACGAUAAUGGAAACGUCAAACUCAACUGCCCUGCCAUUGGAAAGACCUUCGCUGCUGAGGAGAUAUCCGCGCAGGUAUUGAGGAAACUUGUUGAUGACGCCUCGAAGUUCUUGAACGACAAAGUGAGCAAGGCAGUUAUCACUGUGCCAGCUUACUUCAAUGACUCCCAGCGUACAGCUACCAAGGACGCUGGUCGGAUUGCAGGCGUGGAUGUGCUGCGUAUCAUCAACGAGCCUACUGCUGCCUCCCUGGCAUAUGGUUUUGAGAAGAAGAGUAACGAAACCAUAUUGGUUUUCGAUCUUGGAGGUGGUACUUUCGAUGUGUCAGUUUUGGAGGUCGGUGAUGGUGUCUUUGAGGUGUUAUCGACUUCUGGAGACACACAUCUUGGCGGAGAUGAUUUUGACAAGCGAAUCGUGGAUUGGUUGGCCGCUAACUUCAAGAAGGACGAGGGAGUCGACCUCUUGAAAGACAAGCAAGCUCUCCAAAGGCUAACUGAAGCCGCCGAAAAGGCCAAGAUGGAGCUGUCAACCUUGUCUCAAACAAGCAUUAGUUUGCCCUUCAUCACCGCAACUGCCGAUGGUCCGAAGCAUAUUGAUACCAACCUCACCAAAGCCAAGUUUGAGGAACUCUGCUCCGACCUACUAGACAGGUGCAAAACGCCGGUUGAAAAUUCCCUUCGGGAUGCGAAGCUUACGUUCAAGGACUUGAAUGAGGUCAUAUUGGUCGGUGGUUCUACUCGAAUUCCUGCUGUGCAAGAACUGGUGAAGAAAAUAACCGGAAAGAGUCCCAAUGUUACUGUGAACCCUGAUGAAGUUGUGGCACUGGGAGCAGCUGUUCAGGCUGGUGUUUUGGCUGGAGAGGUCAGCGACAUCGUUUUGCUCGACGUUACCCCUUUGUCAAUUGGCCUGGAAACACUUGGCGGCGUUAUGACCAAAAUUAUUCCAAGAAACACCACUCUACCUACCUCUAAAUCUGAGGUCUUCUCUACAGCAGCCGAUGGGCAGACCAGCGUGGAAAUCAAUGUGCUUCAAGGUGAACGUGAGUUUGUGAGAGACAAUAAAUCUCUUGGUAGCUUCAGGCUCGAUGGCAUCCCCCCUGCGCCAAGGGGUGUGCCUCAGAUUGAGGUGAAAUUCGACAUCGAUGCAAACGGUAUUCUUUCAGUCACCGCACAGGACAAGGGAACUGGAAAGAAGCAAGACAUUACUAUCACUGGAGCUAGUACUUUGCCGAAAGAUGAGGUGGAGAGAAUGGUUAAUGAAGCUGAAAAAUUCAGCCAAGAAGAUAAGGAGAAAAGGGAUCAAGUCGAUACUAAGAAUCAAGCUGACUCGAUUAUCUACCAGACCGAGAAACAACUGAAGGAACUCGCUGAUAAAGUACCUGGACCCGUCAAGGAGAAGGUAGAGGCAAAAUUGACAGAGCUGAAAGACGCUGUAGCCGGAGGCAAUACCCAGUCCAUUAAAGAUGGAAUUGCGGCCCUGAAUCAGGAAGUUAUGCAACUAGGUCAGUCCCUGUAUAACCAACCUGGGACAGCGGGUGGACCCUCUCCAGGAGGUGCGCCUGAGGGAGGUGCGGCACCGAAAACUCCAGGAGGUGAUGAAGUCAUCGAUGCCGAUUUUACCGACAGCAAUUGAAGCCAUUAUUGGGAAGUUUCAAAAUGGCAUUCACUGGACACUGUACGCCUGUCGUUGUAACAAAGAAGUGGAAGGUCCGUUCUAGAAAGAGAUGGCAACCAAGCGACACGAAGAAGUGAGGUAUCAUCAACAACUGAGCGAUGAAGCAGUCGAAUUCAUUUUAGGUAGAUUGUGGGUGAUCUCGGUGGGAGUAGAAACGUAGAGAAAACAUCUACUCGUGUAUCUAAGUUUUGCUAGCAUGAGUGAUCAACUCAUUAUUGUAGCAGCCAGUGGACAGACCCUGGAAAAGAUUUUUUGAUGGAUGUGUAACAUAUAUACAGAAACUAGCAAUUAGAGCGAUUCAGUCAUGCCAUGCAGAAGGCAGCAUGAGAAAGUUGUAGAAUUCUCUGGAUAGAAAAUCAAGCAAUUCAAUAUUCAAGCACUCAAAACUGUCU